UGGCUUGCAAUGGAACACGAAGAAGUUGUUCAUAAGAACCAAUCGGCAACUGUUUGGAGCGAUAAAACGUAAAACACGAGUAGUAGUAGCAGAGAAAGCUCGAAGCGCGCUAUCUGUGAGGAAAAGCGGUUCCGAUGGAGCUCUGCCGAGCUACUUCUCUUGCUUGGUCCAACUCCGUCUCUCCCUCUCUUCACAUUCCUCAUCCAUUCUCUAGUUGCGAUGGCAAGAGAUUUAGGAUUUGCUGCCUCGGCAAAGAGACCGCCUCUGAUCCAUCAGGAAAAAAAAAUCAGAUGACUGUCUCUGUAACUGGAGCUACGGGUUUUAUAGGUAGAAGACUGGUGCAGAGGCUGCAUGCAGAUAAUCAUAGAAUUCGUGUCUUGACACGAUCCAAGUCUAAAGCUCAGUUAAUUUUUCCGGUCAGGGACUUUCCAGGAAUUGUGAUAGCAGGGGAGCCAGAGUGGAAAGACUUCAUUCAAGGUUCAAAUGCUGUUGUAAAUUUGGCCGGAAUGCCCAUAAGUACAAGAUGGUCCCCUGAGAUCAAGAAAGAGAUCAAGCAUAGCAGAAUAAGAGUGACCUCAAAGGUUGUAGAUUUAAUAAACAACUCACAAGACGAAGUUCAGCCUACAGUUCUUGUUAGUGCAACAGCAGUGGGUUAUUAUGGCAGUAGUGAAACACAAGUAUUUGAUGAGCGAAGUCCAUCAGGAGAUGAUUAUUUGGCUGAGGUUUGUAGAGAAUGGGAAGCAACAGCACUCAGAGUCGACAAGAAUGUUAGGUUAGCACUGAUUCGCAUUGGUGUGGUACUUGGUAAAGAUGGAGGUGCUCUAGCCAAAAUGAUCCCUUUGUUCAUGAUGUUUGCUGGUGGACCCUUGGGCAAUGGAAGACAAUGGUUUUCAUGGAUUCAUUUGGAUGACAUAGUGAAUCUGAUAUAUGAAGCUUUAUCUAAUCCAUCUUAUGAAGGAGUUAUCAACGGAACUGCACCUAAUCCAGUUCGAUUGGGGGAGAUGUGCGAACAUUUGGGAUCUGCCAUGGGCCGACCCUCCUGGUUGCCUGUACCUGACUUAGCGCUCAAGGCGGUGCUCGGGGAGGGAGCUUCUGUGGUACUGGAAGGCCAAAAGGUUCUCCCUGUUAGAGCCAAGGAGCUGGGUUUCCCAUUUCAAUACCCCUACGUGAAAGAUGCAUUAAGAGCCAUUCUGUCCCAGGACAGUUGAGGUAUGACGUCAUCAACAUGCUGCAUAUUCUUUAUUCUUUCGGUAAAGAAGGCUGGCUACUCGCUCUGUCACUUGUAAGAUUGAACUGCAACAUAUUUAAGUGAAAAAUCAAGCUCUGAACACAGUUAAUUUGUGACCUUCCA